CAUAAUUGUAUUGCAUCAUUUCUUCACUGAUUAUAAAGGAGAGGUUUUUCUCAUCACAUAUAUGAAUAGAAAAAAAAACCAGUGUGAUUAAGAGAUUCUCACAGUACAACAGUGCUCUCAAGUUUUUCAGUAAUCAGGUGGACUGAAUUUUAUCAAUAGCAGAUUCGUUAGCGUUAUCGGUACUGGUAGUGGUGCAAUAUGGCUACGAAUACUUCAAGUUCAAGCCAUUGUCCUUCUCCAAUGAAAGCCACAUCGAAUGGGGUGUUCCAGGGUGAUAACCCUUUGGAUUUUGCACUCCCUCUCGCCAUCCUUCAGAUAUGCCUUGUGGUUGCACUCACUCGUAUUCUUGCUUUUCUUCUUAGGCCUCUACGGCAGCCUCGUGUCAUCGCCGAGAUUGUCGGUGGAAUAUUACUUGGUCCAUCAGUUCUUGGUAGAAACGAAAAGUAUCUGAAUGCAAUCUUCCCAGCUAAGAGCCAUACAGUGUUGGAUACUUUAGCCAACCUUGGUCUCCUUUUCUUUCUAUUUCUCGUCGGUCUUGAGUUGGAUCCGAAAUCAAUUCGCCGCACAGGAAAGAAAGCUCUUUCUAUAGCAGUUGCAGGGAUUAGCCUACCUUUUAUGAUAGGAAUAGGAACAUCAUACGCCCUUCGCGCAACUAUCUCAAAGGGUGUCGAUGAAGCUCCGUUUCUCGUCUUCAUGGGGGUUGCUCUAUCCAUCACUGCCUUUCCUGUCUUAGCCCGUAUUUUGGCUGAACUGAAGCUUUUAACCACUGAUAUAGGCCGAAUGGCAAUGUCAGCAGCUGCAGUAAAUGAUGUGGCUGCAUGGAUUUUACUAGCUCUUGCCAUUGCCUUAUCAGGAACCGGAAAUUCUCCUCUUGUAUCAUUGUGGGUUUUCUUGUGUGGUACUGGUUUUGUCGUUGGAUGUACAUUCAUUGUCCCUCCUAUAUUCAAAUGGAUGGUUCAACGUUGCCCUGAGGGUGAACCAGUGAAUGAAUUGUAUGUAUGUGCAACUUUGACAGCAGUUUUGGCAGCAGGCUUUGUUACUGACCUUAUUGGAAUCCAUGCCUUGUUUGGUGCCUUUGUAAUUGGAGUUCUUGUCCCCAAAGAAGGUCCAUUUGCUGGUGCCUUAGUGGAAAAAGUUGAAGACCUCGUUUCCGGCCUCUUUCUCCCUCUAUAUUUUGUGUCAAGUGGAUUGAAAACAAAUAUUGCCACAAUUCAAGGGGCUCAGUCUUGGGGCCUCCUUGUUCUAGUCAUCAUUACCGCAUGUUUCGGAAAGAUAGCCGGCACUGUCUCCGUUUCCCUUCUAUGCAAGGUGCCUUUCAGUGAGGCUUUAGCCCUCGGGUUCCUUAUGAAUACAAAAGGCUUGGUGGAGCUCAUCGUUCUCAACAUCGGUAAAGACAGAAAGGUUUUAAACGAUCAAACAUUUGCAAUCAUGGUUUUGAUGGCCAUCUUUACAACUUUUAUAACUACUCCCCUUGUGAUGGCGGUAUAUAAGCCAGCUAAAAGACAGGGUAAAGGAGACUACAAACACAAGACAAUUGAAAGGAAAGAGAGCAAUUUUCAGCUUCGUAUAUUGGCCUGCUUCCACAGUUAUAGAAACAUUCCCACUAUGAUUAAUCUCAUUGAGGCUUCACGUGGUACUGAGAAAAAGGAAGGACUAUGUGUUUAUGCAUUGCAUCUCAUGGAGCUCUCAGAAAGGCCAUCCGCCAUGCUUAUGGUCCAUAAGGCAAGAAAGAAUGGGUUACCGUUUUGGAAUAAAGUGAAACAAUCUGGUGGUGAUCAAAUUGUGGUUGCUUUCGAGACUUUCAGGCAACUAAGCCGAGUGGUGGUCCGCCCGAUGACUGCGAUCUCAUCCAUUUCUAGCUUGCAUGAGGAUAUCUGUGAAAGUGCGGAAAGAAAAAGGGCAGCCAUGAUAAUUCUUCCCUUCCAUAAGCACCAGAGGGUAGACGGAACAUUCGAGACAACCCGAACUGACUACCAAUUGGUCAACAAGCGAGUUCUUGAACAAGCACCAUGCUCGGUUGGCAUUUUAGUUGAUCGUGGUCUAGGUGGAACGACGCAUAUAUCAGCUAGCAACGUCGAUUCCAUCAUAACAGUCUUGUUCUUCGGUGGACACGACGAUCGCGAAGCACUCGCUUAUGGCACACGUAUGGCCGAGCACCCGGGCGUCAGUCUAACCGUUGUUCGCUUCGUACCAGGCCCCGAAGUUUCGGGUGAGAUCGUUACAGCUGAUAUAAACACAAGUGACGAUCGAGUCCUGAUGGAAUUCAAGAACAAAGCCUCAAAUGAAAACUCAAUAAGUUACGAAGAAAGAGUAGUAAGAAACUCCAGGGAAACCAUUGAAGCGAUUCGAGAAUUCAGCCGAUGCAACCUUUUCGUGGUGGGCCAAAUGCCUGAAAAUCAUGUCACUGCGACAGCCAAACUAAAUGCUGCCAAGACCGAGUGCCUUGAAUUAGGGGCAAUAGGCAGCCUAUUGACUUCCCCAGAAUUCUCAACAUCAGCAUCUGUUUUGGUAGUGCAACAAUAUAGAACCACAAAGAAAUCACCUCCUCCAUCACUGUCUUCCACAAAGGUAGCUGAGAUUCCAGAAGGGGAUGUAGAAAGUCCAUGAACCGUUGACUAAACGUUGCUUUGUACAUAUUGUUCGAAGUACAACAUCAUGAUGAGGAUGAUCUCAUUCCAACCAUGAUCAUGAAAAUUAAAUUGAAUAAUAAAUUGCUUUUUUACUUUAUGUUGGGAAUAUAAACUAUGCCAAUAUCGUUGAAUAAA